GUAUAUGGCGAUUCUCACAGAAGGGCAUACCAGUACUUUGCGUCCGCCUCUUGUAACGUCUAUCACAGAUUCACAGGUAUAAAUGCAUAUGCCUCAGCCUAUCGGCACUCAAAGCCAACGGGUUGUACUGUAAAUGGAGCAACCACAAUACACUGAAGAUGCCCUGCACUCGACCACCACCACCACCACCACCCAAUCUCACCGUAAAUCCGACUCCCAACGUGGCGGCACGCGCCACCCGGUCUUUCGCGGUGUUCGGAAGAGAAGGUGGGGUAAAUGGGUGUCCGAAAUUCGGGAACCGCGCAAGAAGACACGCAUUUGGCUAGGCUCUUUCCCAGCGCCAGAAAUGGCAGCCAAGGCGUACGACGUCGCGGCUUAUUGCUUAAAAGGUCAUAAAGCGCAGCUCAAUUUCCCGGACAAGGUGGACGACUUGCCUAGGCCUCCCACGUGCACCGCCAGGGAUAUCCAGGCCGCGGCAUCGAAGGCCGCUCAUGCCAUAGCUUUGGAGAAGAAGGGCGACGACUUUUGGGGUGAGAUUGAAUUGCCGGAGCUGAGGGAUAGUGGGUGUUAUUGGAACUCGUGUGGGUGGUCGUUUACCGCUGGUGACUCCGCGGUGCUGGACGGAGAGGUUUCGCAGCCUUUCAUGGCAUUCCUCUAGUGCGUGUUGUUUCAUUGUUUCUACGGUGGGUAUAUAUGCUCCAUUUAUGUAUGUACGUAAUAUAUAUGUACAUGACAAUCGUUUGUGUAUUGCUUCUCACACUUGUUAAGAAUUGAAGGGCCUAUAUUCCAAGCAAGUCUUACGGAGUUUUUAUUAA